AUGAUUUAUGCGAAACUAACGUUUUACUGUAUUUUGAUAUGUCUCGUUUUGACGUCGCCGACGACUACCGACUUCAGUGAGUUGAAUCUAGCUGAUCUGAUCGACGAAAAUAGUUCAGAAUGCUCGAAUUUAAAUCCGCUGAAAAUGCGAGCCGGCGAGACGAUUUAUAUUCCGCACAAUUCGACAUUUCCGUAUUCGAUUCCAGCAAAUUUUAAUUGCACAUAUUUGUUUAUUGUCCCUAUCGGAGAAUAUCUGCGAAUGAGUGUGAUAAACUCACUUGUCGGAAAAGAUUAUAUCGAGUUUCGCGAUUCGCUCAAAUACACACAAAAGAUUACCACGACCGCAAUUGCAAAUGAGGAGUUAUUCUCGACGACUGGAACAGGACAUAUUAGCAUUCGAACAUUUAAUGGCGGAAACUCGAAAACACUACUAAAAUUGGAAUGGCUGAAAAUGCCUCGUUCGAAAUCAACCCUUUCACUUGAGAAAAAUGCAAAUGGAAAAUUUGUGGAUUGCGGAGUUUUGCAGAAAUAUCCAAUCACUUUUAAAGCAGUGGAUGUCAACGAGACUCUCGCAGUGUCGGUUGCACAUUCGGGAUACAUUUUGGACAAAUUUGAGAGCUUUUUCAUCUUUGAUGGUCCCAACACGGAUAGUAAAGUUGUCGGAAGAAUGUCGGAUCAUACGGUGGUCCCAUUCAUAUCAUCAUCGCGAUAUGUGACAAUUGUCGGGUUUUCGAGACUAAUCGUCUUUUCAGAUAUAUUAGUCAAUUAUGAAUCGAACAUCAAAAAAUAUCGAAAAUACAAUUCGGGUGUGAUUAUUGACCAACAAGGUGCCAUAUUCGACUCAAUUAAUCAAACAGUCGCCGUCACUUUUAUUGCCAAAGAUGGUGUCGAACUUUAUAUUACCAAAUUGACUUUCAACGAAGUGGAAAAUGAGAAUUGCACAAUGACAGUGAUCAGCGGAACGCCGUCUCCAAUUUCCAGGGAUUUGGUCAAAUACACAACACUGUCGCCUUUGCCUAAAUGCUUCCCUCAACAAUUUCCAGCUCCGCUGUUCACCAUUGAGCUUACCGACUGCUCGAUAUACAUAGUUGUAUCAAAGAAUACACCAGAAAAUUUUUACAAUAUCACGACUGAUAGAAUUGGAUACGCAUUUACGGCGAGUUAUCUCGAGCCAAGCCUUUCUUCUCAAUUGGAUUUCACACUCAGCAGUAAUCAAUCGCUGACAUAUUCGACCACGGUGGAAUCCGUGGAAGUUGUCAAUGACGAGAAGCUGACAAUCAAUGUGUAUUCGCACUCGGGAAAAUCUCAAAUGAGCAUGGUUGUGACCGGAAAUCAAACAGGCGGCGGCGCCGACGCCGUCGGCACCUCAGUCAACAUCCGAUUCAAUGGCACACAUGGCACGGGAUCCGCGAAAAUCCGCUACGCCAUCGGCAAAUCGGCCCCCGGCCGAUUAAGGGAUUCGUGGACGUCGGCGGCGGCGACCGUGGUGCUGCUGUCGCUGAUUGUUUGA